AUGGGUAUCGAUUUACCUUCUAAGGUUCUUCAAGCGAAGCAGAAACUCAAAAUGCAGUCUCGUUGUUUUUCCAGCAAGAGUGAAAUUCCUAAAGCAGCAGCAGUACCUAAAGGUCACAUUGCAAUUUAUGUUGGAGAAACAUCCCAGAAGAGAAGAUUUGUGAUUCCGAUAUCAUAUUUGAACCAUCCUUCAUUCCAAGGCUUGUUAUGUUUAGCUGAAGAAGAAUUUCAAUUCAAUCAUCCAAUGGGUGCUCUCACAAUUCCAUGCAAGGAAGAGACCUUCAUUGCUGUUACUUCUCGUUUGAGUUCCCAGUUUGUUAGCUUAUGA